UUCAUGUUUCUCUCCCUCCUGCCCUGCGACGAUCCUGAAACAGUGAAACUGUCCUGCCCUGCGAAGACGAUCUUUGAAACUGUCUCGCCUCCGCCUUCAUCAGCUUCGCAAUCGCGCGCUCCGUCUCACUCAGUUUCGUGUCUCGCCUCCGGCUCAGUUUCGCGUCUCGUCUCUCGGCCCUCGUCCAGUCGCCCUCGCCUCCGCUUUGGUUGGCCGUUCGUCAAAACUCAAAAGGUAGGGAUGGUUAAUUUAUAGUUUAGUGCAAAACGAAUCCUUCUAGUUGAUGCAGCCUGGGUUAAAGGAGCACCAAUCCCAUACAUAAGCACGCUUCGUCAAUGGACACAACACAACGAUUAAACGCCACAAUGACAAUGGCAACAAACAAGAAGAAGAAAACCAACAAAACCCCAGAGAUCAAGUUCCAAUUCGAGCUCAAUUCAUGUUCCAAAUCAAAAGACUUCCGUGGCGCAAUCUCUCUAUACGACGAUGCCGUUUCGAACAACAUUCGUCUCAACCAACACCACCUCAACACACUCCUCUACCUCUGUUCCAACGCCGUCACAAACCCUUCCCUCAAACAACUCGCUUUAGAUUACGGCUUUCGCAUAUUCAACCACAUGUCCUCCCUAAACGUCAUUCCUAACGAAGCCACUGUUGCCACAGUUGCUAGACUCGCCGCUGCAAAUGGUGACGGUGACCGUGCAUUUGAAUUGGUAAAAAACAUUGGUAAUUACAAUGUUGCCCCUAGGUUAAGAACUUAUGAUCCCGCAUUGUUCUGCUUCUGCGAAUUUCUUGACUCUGAUAAAGCCUACGAGGUUGAAGAGCAUAUGAAUAGUGUUGGGGUUAGUUUGGAGGAAGCUGAAAUUGCAGCGCUUUUGAAGGUUAGUGCGAAGAAGGGUAGGGCUGAUAGGGUUUAUAGGUAUCUUCACAAGUUGAGGAGCGAUGUGAGGUGUGUAGGGGAGUUGACGGCGACAGUAAUUGAGGAGUGGUUUCAGAGCGACGAGGCACGUGAGGCUGGUGAAGAGGAUUUGGAUGUGAGAAGGGUUAGAGAGGGGGUUUUGAGGAAUGGAGGAGGAUGGCAUGGUUUGGGGUGGGUUGGAAAAGGGGAUUGGGUUGUAUCUAGAAUGAGCGUUGAUGGUGAUGGGAUUUGUUGUGGAUGUGGUGAGCAGUUGGUUUGUGUGGAUAUUGAUGAUGUGGAGAUGGAGAAAUUUGCUUUGUCUAUUGCUGCAUUAGCUGUGGAGCGUGAGGUCAAGACACAUUUUAGUGAAUUUCAGGGCUGGCUUGAGAAACAUGAUGAUUAUGAAGCCAUAGUGGAUGGUGCAAAUGUUGGGCUCUACCAGCAAAAUUUUGCUGACGGUGGAUUUAGCAUUUAUCAGCUUGAUGAUGUUGUGAAAGAAUUGUACGAUCAGAGAGGGAAAAAAUGGCCACUGGUUAUCCUACACAACAAGCGCGUGAGAGGGCUGAUGGAAAAUCCUUCAAGCAGAAAACUGGUAGAGGAGUGGAUAAAAAACGGUGUGCUAUAUACAACUCCAAAUGGAUCCAACGAUGAUUGGUAUUGGCUCUAUGCUGCAGUAAAACUCAGGGGCUUGCUUGUGACAAAUGAUGAAAUGCGAGAUCACAUAUUUGAACUCAUAGGAAGCAACUUUUUUAAUCAGUGGAAAGAAAGACAUCAAGUUCACUACACUUUUGUUAAGGGGAACUUGAAACUUCAGAUGCCACCAUUAUAUUCGUUGGUUAUCCAGGAAUCUGAAAAAGGAUCAUGGCAUGUGCCUUUGGCAUUAGACACUAGCAACGAGUCUUCGAGACCUUGGCUCUGCAUUACGCGGGCAAGUGCUGAUGAUGCUGUUACUGCUUCUAAUGAUGUGAAUACUUCUGGAAAUAGUCAUCUGGACCAGCCACUGAAAUUAGUGGACGACGUUCGCAGCUUAGAUUCCCAAGUCAUUGAGAAGAAUAGUUCUUCCUUGACUGGUAAAAGAAAAGAGAGGUCUGAUUCUUCAUGAUAAAUUUUUCCACUAGCUUCAUCUUUCACCUUUGACUGCUUUUGGGGAUGCUGGUGGCUGUAAAGAUGGUUCAUACGGUGAACAGCCACUACCUGUCUGGUGUUUAUUGAGUUUUCUACACAUCCAAUGGUUUUAAACCAAUUGAAAGAAAGGCUUAUUUUAUUUGAGUUAUCAUUUGGCGUAAUUUAUCAUAGGACCUCAUGACAUUAUUUAAUUCAUGUUGUCCACCCUAAUCUUACAUGGAAAGAGGAUUGGUAUUUUUUAAACUGAGCCCUAUUUGAGUUGUUCUAUACUAUGUAAUAAGUUGGUAGUUUUUUUUACUGAAAUAAAUUUAUUGCAUUUCCUUAUCAAUAA